GCUGCUGCUGCAGCCGCCGUUCCUUCUCCCUCAGCUGCCCCUCUAGCGCGUCGAUGCGCUUCUGCUCCUGCAGCAGCAACUGCUGCUGCUGCUGCAGCCGCUCUUGCAGCAGCAACUGCUCGCGGCGUGAUGUCAGAGCCUCGUUGCGGCUCUCCACUUCCCGCUGCUGCAGCACAGCCAGGUCAGCCCUUAGGGCCUGCACCUCGGCAGUGCGUGCCUGCAGACGCAGCAGCAGCAUGCGCAAUCCCACGCAGACACACGGAAGCACUACAAACAAAGCAGUCCCCCCGCACUCCCGACACGCGGCUUGAACGAAGCGAAAGGCUACGAGCCGAUCGGGUCGUCCACCAUCCUGCAGCUGCUGCCGCUGCUGGAGCUGCUGCAGAUGACUCUGUGGAGUCUGAUGGGGGAAACUGCUGCUGCCAGAGGGUGAAGCAGCUGGGAGGGAAGUGUGCCGGGGGUGACGGGGCAGCUGCUGCGGCUGCUGCUGCUGCAGCUGCUGCUGCCGCCGCAGCAGCAGCCGCUGCAGCUGUUGCAGCAGCUGCCGCAGCCGCAGCUGCUGCUGCAACGGGAGACUGGAUCGCAGCAAGCGGUCAUGCUGCUGCUGCCGCUCGGCGUGAUGGCUCUGCUCCUGCAGUAAGAGCUCUUGAAGCGCCUCUCUGGGUGUAUUGA